ACAUACAUUAUAUACACCACAAAGUUCACUUGUAAACACAUUCGACAGCUCUCGGCUCGUAUUCAGUCUCGUUGGCACGCUGUUACUGUGCGGAUCGAUCUGCUGCCACUAUAGGCACUUUUUCAUGGCCAAGGUCUGAACACGAAAAUCAGCAGAUAAAUGUACUAAAAAAGAAAAAAAAAGGUUUUUGUCUCUAGUCCAAGGUGAUGCGAUAGUUUACAGUGCGACAAUUGCAAGACGUGACCCGGUGACCGAAAGAUAGUGUGAGACUGUUCUUGAGAUGUAUUGAUUAUGACGUUGGCUAUUCCACUUGAAUCUGCUUGUAUUGAUCAUUAAAUGUAACGAGGAUAAUGUAUUCCCCCAAGAAAGUACCACUACUCUGUUUUUUAGUUGCAAUCUUUGUCGCAACUCGGUGUUCAGAGCAUGUCGGAACCACUGCUACUGUUGAUGAGGCGAUUAAUAACGAAUCGCAAAAUACCACGGACUAUCGAUUACCCGACAAUGUGAUUCCCAACGAAUAUUACAUUCGAAUCACCCCUUUCAUAAUACCCGACAAUUUUACCUUUGAUGGCGUUGUUGGGAUUAACGCGACCGUCACCAAAUCUACUUCUGAAAUAGUACUACACGUUGAUGACAUAACAAUCCACAACGUGACAGUUUCAAGUAUCGACGUUGACAAAAAUUCGUUGGCCCAACUCGAUGUAGAAAAUAUAACAACGAAAGAAAAGUAUCACUUUUUGAUUAUCGAAAUGAAGUCGCCCAUUAAUGCCGGUACCAAUGUCACCAUCGACAUAUCGUACACUGGGGAGUUGAACAACGACAUGUACGGUUUCUUCCGGGAUUGGAUCAAAGUCGGAAAUGACUACAAAUGGGCGUUGGGAACGCAAUUCGAGGCUACGGGAGCUCGAAAAGCCUUUCCCUGCUUCGACGAACCUGGACUAAAGGCUACGUUUCGGGUGGUGCUAGCGGUACCGGAUAACUACACCCCAAUCAGUAACAUGCCUAUAAAAACUAUAAUUAAUACCGACGCCAACCAAACAAUCGUCGAGUUCGAAACGUCCCCGUUGAUGCCGACCUACACGGUAGCCUUCGCAGUGGUCGAAUACGCGAGUCUCAGCAUACCGAUGACCGAGAUUCAGCCUCGUCUCUACCGGGUCUGGUCGAACCCGGAACUGGUCAACCAGUUGCCCUACUCCCUUCAGGUCAUCCCGAAGAUAUUGGACUUUUUCGGAAACAAAACGUCUCUGCAGUAUCCGAUCUCCAAAAUAGAGAUGAUUGCCUUUCCGGAUUUUCCACCAGCGGCGAUGGAAAACUGGGGUCUGCUCGUGUAUUCGGAGAUGUUCAUGCUUUACAAUAAGAAUGUGACGCCGUUGAGAAUCAAGAGGUACAUCAGGAACCUCGUCACUCACGAGCUCGCCCACCAGUGGUUCGGGAAUAUCGUCACACCCAAGUGGUGGGACUAUCUGUGGCUCAGUGAAUCUUUCGCUGCUUACUUCGAGUAUCACGCCCACGAGGAUGAACUAGCCUCCUGGAACCUGGAAUCGCAAUUCGUUGUGAACGAGAUGCACGAAGCUUUGGUCUCUGAUGCUUACCCCAGUAUUCACCCGAUGACGCAUGAAGUCUACAGCCCGGACGAAAUUACGAGUAUCUUCGAUUCGAUAUCGUACAACAAAGGUGCAAGUGUAAUCAGGAUGCUUGAAAAAUUGCUCGGUACAGAGCUAUUCUUCGACGCUUUGCAGCGUUACUUUGAAGCCAAUAAAUACUCAUUUGCAACGCCAGAGCUUCUGUACUUGGCCUUUGAGGAUGCACUAAACGGCAGCGAUCAUAGGUGGAACGUUACUUUAACCGAUCUCAUGGACAGUUGGACAACUCAACCGGGUUACCCUGUGGUUCACGCUUCCUUCGACGGGGAUACAGUGACUUUGCGACAGAACCGAUUUUUCCUGCAACCAAGUGAAAACUUGACUUCGAACGCAACUUGGAUUAUUCCUGUUACCUGGGCCAGUGAUAGCAAUCCGAAUUUCACCGAUACUAGAAGUGUCACCUGGUUGAUGGAUGGAUCUAUGCCGAUCACAAUACCGAAUGCUACCAACGAUUGGGUUAUUAUAAACGUUCAGCAAGCGGGGUAUUACAGAGUUAACUACGAUAACAAAAUGUGGGAGCGUAUAAUCAAAUUGCUCAAAUCGGAUGAAUAUGAGGUACUUCAUGAACUGAAUCGUGCCGCAUUGAUGAACGAUCUUUUCAAUUUAGGAAGAACUGGUUAUGUUGAUUACAAAAUAGUGUUGUCCGCUUCCCAGUAUCUAAGUAAAGAAACAAAUUAUAUUCCUUGGAGGACGACUUUCGCUUCUCUGAUCUAUUUGAAGAAGCGUUUCGUAGGCCAUCCUGAAAUUUACGGUCAUUUUAAGCUCUACGUUACGUCUUUGCUAGAACCACAUUACCAGAGGCUCGGUUUCAAUGAAAAUCAAGAAGGCAGUGAUUUUGACGUUUUGUUCAGAGAAAUACUUUUGAAGUGGCUGUGUGAUUUCGAUCACAAAGAAUGUGUCAGUAAUUCUUUGGAACUGUUCAAAAAGUUACGACAAAACGAUAGUUUCAUAGUAUCGCCAAAUCUGCAAUCAGCGGUUUACUGCACUGCAAUGAAACAUGGAUCAACGGACGAUUGGAAUUACUUGUGGAACAAAUUACAAAAUACUAACUUUGCCAUCGAGAAAUUGACAAUUCUGUCUACAUUGGUUUGCUCAAGAAAUACAAUGCAAUUGAACAGGCUUUUACAAGCUGUUAUAACGCCUGGCGAUAGAAUUAGGAAACAAGAUAUAAAAGAUAUUAUUACCACAAUGGUAGAUGCCAGUCUAAUUGGCGCAAAUGAAAUACUUGAUUUCAUGGAUAAUAAUUAUGAUAAAAUGCUGAAAGCUUUUGGUGACAACAGCAUGAUCGAGCAUGUGCUAAUUACCACUGCUGAUAGCAUGUCGACAGAAAAACUUGUAGAAAAGUAUGCCAGUUUCAUAGAAAAAAACAGCAAAAAAGUAGAAAGCAUCGCGGAGUCACUGGAUAGUGCAUUAAAGGGUGUUCGAUAUGAUUUAGAUUGGAAUAAUAGGAAGAUUCCACACAUACUAGACUGGUUGAAGAAAAAUUAUCCGAUUACUGCCGCUAAUGAAAAAGAUUAAUUUGGUUAUAAUUAUUUUGUACAUUAACUUUAAUUAAUUUUAAUAAAAAGAACGAAGAAGAAAAUGUCCAACUAUUUUAUAUUCCUUAAAUUUAUUAUAUUGUUCCAGCAUUUGUAUGUAGGGCACAUUUAUUUUCUUUAUACAAUAAUAAUUAUUAAGCUAGACACGUGCAAUUAUUAUUUAAAUUAUUUCUAGGUAUAAAACAUAAUGUCUCUUCACUAUUUACUAUAAACUUGCUCUCUUCUGUUCAGCAUAAAUUAUGUUAUAUCAAGAAUAAAUAAUAUUAAAUACUGAUGUACAAUGUCUGGUUUACAUUCGAUUGUCAUAAUAUUAUAUGGCAGUGGUUUCGCUAAUUACACGAAAGUACAUAAAAUUCUAGUUUAAAAUCUAAACGGCUGUAAUGCGAUGUGAUGAAUGUAUUUGCUUGACUUGCGCAUUCUUAUUGCAGCGAUUGAACUAAGUAUCAUUGUGAUUUAAGCUCGACUAAUAAAACGUUAUCAAUUAGCAUCUUUUGGCUUCGAUAAGUCUUUUAAAUUCUAUCAAAGUUCUUCCUUUCAAUUAAGUUCCAAAACUAAGAAAAACCUUUCUCUCAUGGCAUCCUUACAUUGUAUAAGUACACGUCAUACUUGAAAGUAAUCAAAUGCUUGCUUCAUUUCGUAAAUUUGUCCAAGUUUUUCUUGGUUUUCACGCAAUCUUCAGUUUUGCAGAUAGUAAUAUUGUCAACUACAUUCUUCGAGCGCAGUCUUGACUCGCAGUCUUUGGAUCUGGUCGACGAAGCAGUUCUUCGUUA